UGUCACGGUCUCCGGAGUCCCCGCGCCGGCUGGCCUGCCUCAGGUAGCCCACCCCACCGGGCCGCCAUGGCGGAGCUCUUCCACGGCAAGGUGCUGAUCCGCAACAACAAGGACCGCGACGAGGUGGACACGGAGCGCGAGCUGAGCCUGCAGCUGCAGAACAAGGUGCUGCUGCUGUUCUUCGGGGCCGCCGACUGCCCCCGGUGCCAGGCCUUCGCCCCCAAACUCAAGGACUUCUUCGUGCGCCUGACGGACGAGUUCUACGUGGAGCGCGCGUCGCAGCUCGUGCUCGUGUACGUGUCGCGGGACCCGACGGAGGACAAGCAGGACAAGUUCCUGAGGGACAUGCCGAAGCGCUGGCUGGCGCUGCCCUUUGAGGACCACUUCAAGAGAGACCUGGAGGACAUGUUCAAGGUCAGCGAGACUCCGACGGUGGUGGUCCUGAGGCCCGAUGGCUCGGUCAUCUCCCCAAAUGCAGUGGAUGAGAUCUGCGACCUCGGCGUCGCCUGCUUCAAGAACUGGCAGGAGGCGGCCGACCUGAUUGACCGCAGCUUCAUGCUGGCAGAGGACUUCGACGAGCUGCCCAUGCGCAGCGCCACCGAGCCCCUCCGCCGGCUGAGGUACAAGGUGGACAAGAAGAAGAGCAAGGUGGAGGACGAGGAGGAAGAUGGCGGUGUGUGGGGCUAA